AUGGAGCCCAACACGAUGAUUUGCAAAGAGUGCGACAACGAAGAAUUUGAAGAAGUAAACGGAUAUUUCGUCUGCCAACAAUGCGGCGUCCAAGUCGACGAUGUAAUCGCAACCGGCGUCGACGACGACGAUCUCAUCGGAGACAAGGGAGGCACUCGCGGCGCGACUUAUCAACCGAGCCAGACUCGCCGUGUACAAUCGCAAUCAAUGGCUACUCCUUCACAGCCUAGAUACACACAGGAAACAGAUCGUUACUCCCAAUUUCGCUCUCAGCUCAAAUCCGCGAUCCCAAUGGAGCCUGAUGAUUUCGGAGCAGCGGGAUCAGAAGCUCUGAGCUACGAGGACUAUUACAAACAGACGAGAGAUAGAUACGUCAAUGGUCUCGUGAUGAUGAUAACUUAUCAGUGCGAUGCUUUGGUGGACAAAUUCGAUGUGACGCCAUUGAUUGUUGGUUUGGUCGCACCCAUCUGCUUACGUUUCGUUGCUCUCUCCGGCGUCUACGAUGAUGAUUGGGCCGAUAAUUCUAUUAAUGAUUCCGAGCUUCAAUCACAAGACAUGCAAGAGACUAAUGGAGAAGUAAGAGAGACUAAGAGGCGUAACAGAGACAAAGAUAAAGACCAACCUCGUAGCUUAGAUGGUAAAAGAGCAGUGACGAUAUGGUUAAGUCAGCUUAGAAACUCUCUGCCAUUAUCAAGCUCUCUAGCUAUAUCUUUUCUUGCUUGUCACCACGCGAAAGCACCUGUUCUACCCACUGAUAUAGUGAGAUGGGCAAGAGAAGGAAAGGUUCCGUAUCAAUCAUGUUUUCUCAAGAUUCAAGAACAGAUGGGAGAGAGAUCAGCUGCUUGUCCAGUGGAAGCAAGCGUAAUGUUUAGGCCUGAUCACAUCGUCUCUGCUCAGGUGUUGGAAGCAAGAGCAGCCUCCAUUGCUGAUACUAUCGGUUUGCAUCUGUCUCCUGUUAAUUUCUAUGGUAUAGCUUCGAACUAUCUAAAGCUGUUGUCUGUUCCCGAGGAUAAGGUUCUUGCUCUGGUUCGUCUUAUACAGAGCUGGUCAAUGCCUCCGGAGCUGUAUCUGUCCAAGAACGAGCACAGGCUUCCCACUCGUGUCUGUGUCAUGUCUAUUCUGAUUGUAGCUAUACGGAUGCUUUAUAACAUCAAUGGUUUCGGUGUUUGGGAACGAGGUUUAAGAGAUUCGGUUGAUGUUGCUACUGAAUCUCCGAUACAUGAUGAUGAGGAGGUUUCAGAAAAUGCAGAGUUACCAAAUGUCACUGAGUUUGACACUGAGGAGCUUCUGAAGAACCUUGAAACUAAAUAUUACGAGGUGGUCGCUGAAACCGAUGAAUAUGAAAAGGAUCUUUUGUCAUUCUUAUCUCACGGGAAAAGCGAGCUUUUUGCUGGUUUAGCAGAAGCAUCAGUUGAUGACACGUACAGAACUGUUGAUAAUCUGUGGAAUAAUGACCCGAGAGACGAGGAAUUCGAACGAUUGAUGACUCCAUCCAAGAGGAGACGAUACUGGGAGGACGAUGAGGAUUUAGAAGUUAGAGAACUUUCCUUGAACGAUGAUGACAAGCUAAGUGAUGGAAACAGUCCUUCAAGAAGAAGCGAAACAGGGUCAAUGCAACUUGAUGAGCAGCCAUCUUUAGAAUGUGUUUCAUCACCAGAUAAUCAUCAUAAUCGAGAAGAGAGAGCGAUGAGAAGACUACUAAGAGACAUGGGAGAGAAUUUUUUCCGUUACAUACCGCCUCGUGUGAGGGUAAAGAGACAAGGGUAUCUUCAAUAUAUGAGGAAGAAAGAAGAUGGAGCAUUGAUAUACCCUGCUCACGCUGAUUACUACAUCCUUUUGCGUGUUUGUGCUCGUGUCGCUGAGAUUGAUGCGAGGAAUAUGCAUAGAGGUGUUUUGAGCUUUGAGAGAAGAUUGGCUUGGAUUGAGAAAAGGAUUGAUCAUGUUUUGCAUUUACCGAGACCUUCUAUGACAUGUAAGUACUGUGAUGAUGGUGAGAACGUUGCAGAGGAUCAAGAUGACGAUUUGGUUCUGUCUCUGAGCGGAUCUGAUUAUUGA